AUGGAUGCCAAGAAAGACAGCAGACCUUCGCAAGCACAAAAGGCACAGCGGCCCACCAAACUGGUGCUAGGACUGCGAGCUCUGGUUCUUGGGGUCACAAUCGCUGGAAUCGUCGUCUCCUCUAUCCCUGCCCCGAAGAACUUUAUCGCAAUUGGAAUAUUGGGACCGGCUUUUGUCACGACCUUCUGCUGGUCGCUUAUAGAACUUGUCUACCCUUUGGUCAGAAUCUUCCCACCUGCCUACAUAUCGUUUCGUAUCUUCAUAGACGGCUUCAUUGUUAUUGGGUCAGUAAUCUGCCUGAUAUGCUUCGGCUUGUUCCGGGAUUGGUGGCCCGGGGGCAGCGCUCUCAGUUCAAGCGAAGCACCGUUAGCUAGAGAGAUAUUAUUCCAAGCAGCCCUGGGACUUGCCUGCGCAUCGACGUAA